CCCGAGGGAAACCAGUGACAAGACAACCCACGCCUUGUCUCUCCAUUAUGCACCGGCAUGCGGCUUUGGAGUUAUCCCGCCGUCAUGGUGUUGAGUGGACUUGCGCCGCCAGGCACAGAGAUGUUCCUUUCUCUCCAAGAUUACCAUACCUUCCUCGGCGGAGCUUUCGCUCGUCCCUCUUAGCCUUCAACUCGUCCGAAUCCUCUCCGUCCAAUGCAGGUAGCGCAGAAGCAGGUUCCAAUGUUGCGGCUACAAAGCCGAAAUUCGGGGCUCGUUGGGGAACCAGACAGGCACAGAAGCCGGCCGGUCUCAGCCCAGCAGAACAAGCGAUGCGAGAUUCCUUACUAGCGAAGAAGGCCGCGGAAGAACAAGAGAAACGACGACUGCAAGAAAAAGAACUACGUGGAUCACAGCGUAGAGCGGAAUCGCGGGCCGAUUGGAACAGACCCUCAAGGCGACAGAACAGGCGACAUCCUUUCGACAAUGGAGAGAGCCGAUCACUGCAGCCUGAUAAAACUUUAGAGGUGAAUACCAAACAUGUACCGAGAAGUCUGCGUGCUUCGGAUUGGAUCUGCCCGGACUGUCAAUACAACUGUUUUGGGAAGCAUCAGACUUGCCCGUGCUGUAAAGCUGUCCGACCAGAUUUGGCAUGGCCGUCGUGGCCAUCCAAUAACCCAGCGCGGAAAAUGGAGAGAACCCGCAAGGCUGAAACACGCAAAGCUGGAGCUUCAGAAGAAACCCUCAAAAUUCGGAGGCUGGGUCAUGAGAUACUGUCCGAUAUGGAUCAAGAACAGGGUGGUUCCGCAGCAGUGACUAGACGGGAAAAUGCCGUUAGGUCAUUUAUGGCUACUAAAGGAAAGCCAGUGGGAGCGCGCCUUGUGUACGAUCUCAAAAACGAAGAGGAAGAGGCGAAAGCCCGAGAAGAAAGGAUUGCCGAACGUCGCCGUGAGCGACAGUCCAAACCCAAGCCAAAGAAGGCAGAUGCUCCAGUAGACCCAUGGUCCUGGGAUUCGUCAUCCCUUAAAUUAAAUGAUGACGGCGAUGUCACUCAUUCUGAAAAGCCCUCAAAACGCCGGGAUAGCCGUAAGGAGCGGCAGUCCGAGGCUGAUGAGGAAGACGAGGAAGAAGAUGACCGUCGCCGUCGCCGUGAGGAACGCAAACGCCUGAAGAAAGAAAAGGCUCGGCAGAAAGAGUUAGAGUCGGCUUCAAUUCCACUGUAUUUGCCGGAGUUCAUCAGCGUUAGCAAUCUUGCUGAUGUCAUCGGGGUGCGGCCUGCGCAAUUUGUUCAACAAAUGGAAGAUAUGGGCUUUGAGGGCGUCACAUACAGCCACGUUCUCGACGCGGAGACCGCCGGUCUUGUCGCAGCUGAAUACAAUUUCGAGCCUAUUUUCGAAACUGCAGAGGACGAGGAUCUGACAGCUGCGGCCGAGCCUGAAGACAAGUCCAUUUUACCUUCCAGACCUCCGGUGGUGACUAUUAUGGGACACGUUGAUCAUGGGAAAACCACUAUUUUGGAUUGGCUUCGAAACUCGUCGGUGGCCGCAUCAGAACACGGAGGCAUUACACAACACAUCGGUGCAUUUUCCGUGGCUAUGCCCUCUGGGAAGACCAUCACGUUCUUAGACACUCCUGGUCACGCUGCGUUCCUGGAUAUGCGUCGCCGUGGUGCAGACGUCACUGACAUUGUAGUCCUCGUAAUCGCGGCAGAUGAUAGCGUUAAACCUCAGACAAUCGAGGCAAUUAAACACGCCACUGAAGCCAGGGUUCCUAUUAUUGUCGCUAUCAGUAAGAUUGACAAGGAAAAUAUCAAUCUUGAGAAAGUCAAACAGGAUCUUUCUAUUCACGGUGUACACGUCGAAGACUACGGCGGCGAUGUCCAAGCGAUUGGAGUGAGUGGUAAAACUGGCCAGGGCAUGUUAGAACUCGAAGAAGCCAUCGUCACGCUUUCAGAGGUUCUCGACCAUCGAGCGGAGGUCAACGGCAAAGCUGAGGGAUGGGUGAUUGAGGGCACAACCAAAAGCUACGGCCGUGUGGCGACGGUGCUCAUCAGACGUGGUACACUACGGCCGGGAGAUAUCAUUGUCGCGGGCACAACCUGGGCUCGUGUGCGCACUCUCAGGAAUGAGGCGGGCGUCGCAAUCUCCGAAGCUACCCCUGGCAUGCCAGUCGAGGUUGACGGCUGGAGGGAACAACCGUCAGCUGGGACUGAGCUUCUUGAGGCUGUUGACGAGCAGCAAGCCAAAGACGUCGUAGAUUAUCGACUGGAGAAAACUGAGACCCAGAAAUUGGGCCAGGAUACCGUGGCGAUCAAUGAGGCACGGCGUGAACUACUCGAGAGGCGCCGACAGGAAGAAUCCGAGGGCAGUGAAGCUGCUGGCUCUAUCCAGGAGACAUCUGGCCCUAAACCAGUACAUUUUGUCAUCAAAGCAGACGUUGGCGGAUCCGCAGAGGCUGUCUUGAACUCAGUCACUGCGAUUGGCAACAACGAAGUCUUCGCUAAUGUGCUCCGUUCCGAGGUCGGACCAAUCAGUGAGUUCGAUAUUGAGCAUGCAGCUUCAGCCAACGGACAUAUUGUCUCAUUUAAUAUGCCCAUCGACCCUGCCAUGUCUCGUAUGGCAGAAAAUCGCGGGGUCAAAAUCAUGGAUCAUAACGUUAUCUACAAACUCAUUGAUGAUGUCAAAGCAAUCUUAAGCGAACAGCUACCUCCAUCUGUGAGUCACCGUGUCACUGGAGAAGCGGAGAUCGGACAGAUAUUCGAGAUCACACUCAAGGGAAGAGAGAAGACAGCCAUUGCCGGAUGUAAGGUACGCAAUGGCAUAAUUAGCAAGGCCAGGAAAGUACGUGUAAUAAGGGGCCAGGAAACAAUCUUUGAUGGCUCUAUCAAUUCCCUCAAGAACGUCAAGAAGGACGUGACUGAAAUGCGUAAGGACACAGAAUGCGGUAUCGGCUUUGAAGGCUGGACUAGCUUUGCUGUCGGCGACCAUGUUCAGUGCUAUGAAGAGAUCUACGAGAAGAGAUACCUAUGAUUUUUCUCCGCUCCAUCCAUCCAUCCGCAGGCUAUUUAUUUCCACCGUUCUUAUGAUCUUCUGGUUACUGUAUUGCUAUUGGCGUUCUGUCUGCGGAUCGACUCUUCUCUUCUGUCCAAUGUGGGACUUUCAUGUUUAAUUGCAUCUGGGCCGGUGUAUUUGAUUGAUAUAAAGGGUGGCAGCAAAAGCUGCGGGAUAUUAUUCUUCACGGAGAUUCAGUUCUCAUGUACAAUAUAUGACGCAGUGGUCUACAUAGAUCUCUCAACAAAAUCAAAUUUAUGUAUAGUAAUGUUAAAUUGGCACCUUAAUAAACUACACAUGCACCAGAC